GAGGAUCGGGGUAUCAAACACUGUAUCGCUGGCGACGCCAUCCUCAGGGCCCUCGGCCAUCCCCUGGUCAUUUGUCAUCUUUAUCUUGUGAUUGCAGAUGAGUAACUUGACGAUGCUCUCACUGUUAUGCUACAACAAGGACUAGAGCAAGUCCAAGGAGCCGAAGUCUAUGUGGACCGGGACGCGGCCAUUGCUCCUCCAGGCUGGCCAGGAUACAGUUUAAAGCUGCCUCGCGCACCUUCACUCUCCACUGAAGUACCUCUCGUUCCCUCCAGUUUCUGGCAUAUGGAUCUUUCAGAAGCGAGUUUAUCGAGAAACACAUUUCUACAUCCCACUACGCGAUGCCGGUUUCCAACGCGAGUAUUUUACCUAGAUGCUCUAAUCAAUUGCAUCGUCGAAUCCACAUUGAAUCCUGGUCACAACAGGUGUAUUCAUGGGUACCUCUUCACGCAGUAUCACUAUUUUGUUGACUGGCUCACUGCUUUUUUCCCGGAUACUUUUCCUCAGCUGUCGCCGGGUAAUAUGUUCUUUGUCGACCUGUAUGACAUACCACUCCCACCGGGAACCCGGCGAAGAGUCUGUUCAAAUCGGCAGCGGAUUCAACUGGGCCAACUAACUGUGGAAGAUGCAUGGCAGUCAAUGCCGAUGAAGUUCAUUAACACUGUCAGGACGAUUGAGGCAGAGAGGCAGGAUAAAAUGCGCCUCGAGAAUAUAGCUCGUGCUAAGAUAGGCGAGACAACCCCUCAAUACCUGAGCAUAACUUAAUUUGACCUAAUGUACUCAGGAUGCUGGGCGAAGAAUGAUAAUAAUACUUGAUAACUCAAAUAAUGCUGCACUUCUUCUUAAACCGACCACUUUAUAUAGUGCU